AAAAAGCCACAGAUAUUUGUCUCCAGAUGCAAUUAUACAGUGCAACUAUAAAGAAUGGACAUCAAAUAGUGCUAUUUAUAAGGGGUGUUUUUGCAUGAAGAUCGUUGGAAAGGCUUGUUCUAGGCUACUUAGCGACAGAAACAGCAGCGGCAGAAAGAGAGGCGGGAGAGAGAGGGGUGUUGGGUAAAUGAAAGUGGGUGGGCCUAACGCGAACACACACACUACCAACUUCGAUCAGGAUACAUUUAUGCAAACACUUGAUUUGUCUUCUUCCGUUAAUAGAAUUUUACGCGCGACGGUCGUUAAAGUGUGUUUUCGGUUGGUUUUGAGGGGCUUCGAGCGCGGACAAACGGACUCUUCCCCGUUAUAACGGGAGGUUUGAUUGUUGCUCGAGCUUGGUACCGCCCUUCCUGGCGGGUGGGUGGUUUCGGUGCUAACCGGAGCGACGCCACAGCCCCAGCGCGAGCCAUUCGCGGAGAAAAUAGGCCGUCCUUCCCCGGUGCUUCAGCCGGCCUUUCUCCCGUAGCCUCUCCUCUCCGGUUUAUGAAUGCGUUAUGAGUGAUCAGAAGACUGAAGUGUCAGGAUCAGAAGAAGGGAAACCAGGCAAGAAAGGCAAACGUUCCGGAUCACAGGAUUCCCAGACGUCUCCUCUAGCCCUGCUGGCUGCAACCUGCAGUAAGAUAGGAGUUCAGGGAGGAGUGGAGGGACAGGUGCAGGGUGGACAGUUCCAGGGUCAUAUAGUUGUCGACGCAGCAGGUAAUCAGACUCUGGUUCAGCAGCAGAUGGAACUGGUUCCUGCCCAGUUCACUGGAAACGGCUGGCAGAUCAUCACUACUGCUCCCCAAAUGGCCAAGGACACUGCCAAUCAACCCGUCGCCGUGACGCUGGCCACCACUCCAGCCAAUGACAGUGCUCCGGCAGGCCGUAAGAUGAAGGCUGUGGGCGGGACUAACACCGUAGCAGCCAAUCAGCAGGUGCAGCAGCAGCAGUUCCAGAUCAUCCAGGUGCAAAACAUGCCGUCGUCUGGGGGUGGGGUCCAAUACCAGGUGAUCCCCCACCUGCAGACGGCCGACGGCCAACAGAUCCACAUCAGCCCCCAGACUGCAUCCCUGGGGGGCCAACAGAUCCACAUCAGCCCCCAGACUGCAUCCCUGGGGGGCCAACAGAUCCACAUCAGCCCCCAGACUGCAUCCCUGGGCGGGCAGCACAUUCACAUCAGUCCGGCCCAGGGGGGUCUACCAGAGCAGGUCCAGCUGAUCCAGAACCAAUCCCAGACCCAGGCAAUCCUACAGCCAGCCAAUCAGCAAGCCAUCCUCACUAGUUCAGCCAAUCAGACGUUGCAGCUUCGUUCCGCCCAGUCCUUCCCGUUGCAGAUGCAGACCUUACAGGGCUCCCAGACCCAGGUCAUGACUACAGUACCCAUAAACAUCGGCGGUAUGACCCUCGCCCUGCCGGUCAUGAAUAAUUUAGCAGGGAGUGGAGCCGUGCAGCUUGUCCAAUCAGCCGAUGGUAGCUUUACCGUAGCUAACGGCAACCAGCUUGUAACGACAACUGCAGCGGCGGUGUCCGGGGCAGUCACUGGUACCGGGUCGUCUGGUGGUACUAUAACAACUGUUGCCGGGGGGGAUGGAGCGUCGACAGACGGAACACAGCUGAGUUCUGUAGCCGGGUCGGACGGAGGUUCGGAGAGAGACACACAGAACCAACCCAGCGACCAGGACUCUCAGAUGGUCCAGAGCCAGGCCAACGGACUGCAGGUCCAAUCAGAUCCUCCAGGGACCAUCCAGCAGGUCAUCGUGGGACAGAUGGGCAACCAGUUGUUGCAGCAGAUCCAGAUUCAGCCACAGCAGAUCACUCAGGCCCAGAUCCAGCCACAGAACCAGUUCCAGGGCCAGCAGAUCCAAACCUUUCAGUUAGGACCAGGCGGGACCCUACAGCCCAUACAAGCCUUCCAGAACCAACAGGUUCUGAUCCGAACCCCAACCCUCUCUCCGUCGGGUCAGAUCACGUGGCAGACCCUGCAGCUCCCCGGGGGAAUGUCUGUGCCACAGCAGCUGACCCUGGCCCCUGUGGGCGGGGGGGGAUUCAUGCAGCUGGGGGGGGCUCCCCUGACGCUGAGCGCAGCCCAGAUCAACCCUGGGUCGGGGGUGCAGACAGUCAGCAUUGCCGGGCUGGGCACCACUGGGGUACAGAUGCAGGGGGUACCCCUCACCUUCACUGGACUACAGGGUCAGCAGCAGGGUCAGGAGGGAGGAGUUAAGGUCGAGCCAUCCCCGGUGACGGUAACCGCGGGUAACGUUGCGGGGUCAUCGCUUAGUCCAGACCAGAUGGGUUCUGUCCAGAGUUCAUCAGACCAAGAAGGACCGCCCAGCAAGAGGCUUCGCAGGGUGGCGUGCUCCUGUCCGAACUGUAGGGCCGGAGAGGGGAGGACCAUUGGAGACCCAUCUAAGAAGAAGCAACAUGUGUGUCACAUGGAGGGCUGUGGAAAGGUUUACGGUAAGACCAGUCACCUGAGAGCUCACCUCCGCUGGCACACAGGAGAACGACCCUUCGUCUGCAACUGGAUCUUCUGUGGCAAGAGGUUCACACGCUCGGACGAACUGCAGAGACACAGACGGACACACACAGGAGAGAAGAGGUUUGAGUGUCCAGAGUGCAGUAAGCGUUUCAUGCGCAGUGACCAUCUCUCCAAACACAUCAAAACCCACCUGAACAAGAAGGGAGGGGCUUCUCUCGCCAUCAUCACCACCGACGACAUGGAAAAUUCUAACCAGGGUUUAGGCUCCUCCCCUCGCAUCGUAACUAUGGCAACGCUCUCCCAGGACUCUGCCCCCGCCACGCCAACGGCCUCCUCGCCGAAUCAAAUGGAGGGAGAAGAGGAGGAGGAAGAGGAGGAGUUUGAGUAGUGACCAGUGACCACUUCCUGUGAAAGGAAGAAGCAGGGAGGGCUGACUUCCAGGUUGGUCUCCAUGGUUACGCCGUGGCGGUCAGGUGGUAGAUUCUUUUUAUUAUUAUUUAUUUGUUUUUGAAACGGACUCUAACAGAAGACAAAUAUGAUUGACUGAAAAUGACAAACAGACAGAGAAAUCUGAAUCUAAACUAAUAAUUGAGUCCAACAACAGUCUAAAGGUAUGAAUUUGUAGAAUGAUGUUUAAUAACAGAACAGAGGUCAGGAGAAAAGGCACAUCUGAACUCGCACUCUAUCCCCUAUAUAGUGCACUACUUUUGGCCAGAGCCUUCUGAGUAGUUUGUUAUGUUAGGAAGAGGGUGUCAUUUUGGAUAGGUUUAUUAGACUAGCACAAAACAGUUGUAAAACAUCAAGAAGAGACAUUGGAUGUGUCCCAAAUGGCCAGGGUAACCAUUUGGAACGCACAAAUCUCUAUGCACAAAGAUGUUCUGUAACUAUGGUGAUGAGGAUGAUGAUGAAACAUGAUAUGUGGUGUGGUCUAGACUGUUGACAGACAGGUGAGAGGAGCUGGGGUGUGUGUGUGUGUGUGUGUGUGUGUGUGUGUGUGUGUGUGUGUGUGUGUGUGUGUGUGUGUGUGUGUGUGUGUGUGUGUGUGUGUGUGUGUGUGUGUGUGUGUGUGUGUGUGUGUGUGUGUGUGUGUGUGUGUGUGUGUGUGUGUGUGUGUGUGUGUGUGUGUGUGUUUCAACAGGACUAUAGUUCUAGUAAAGACGAUCUGAUAAACAGAAGAAAGACAAUACAAGGAGGAAUAAACUUCUAAAAGAGUAGAAAAAAGCAGAUUUAUAAAUGAUGCAUUCCUAGAAAGAAACGCUUGGCAUUUUAAAUAUUUGUUUCUAUAAAACUACCAAUCGAGCUUUCUUUCUCCCAACAGGCUGUUUACUGAAAGCAAUACUAUAAGACAAUCCUAGUGAAACCAUGUUUACAUUAAAGAGAGGAAAAGGAAAGGUUUAUUUUGGUAUGAAACAGCCAAUCAGCUCACAGCGUUCUCAAGGUAUACUGACGCCAUCAUACACAGCGGCGUCACUUCCUGCUCGAUGAUGUCAUAUUGCUGAGUGCACCUUUUAAGAUGUAGCUCUGCCAGGGUUGGUGGGUGGGUGGGUAGGACAGUGUCAGUAAGCAGCGCUUAUGUCAAGUC